AUGUUUGAUGGAAGUAAGAAGGAGGUUGUUAAGAAGGACUUUCACGGAGAUAAGCGUGAAAAGAACGAAAAAAAUGAGGAGGAGCUCAAAUACUUAGAUCAGAUCAAUCAUAUUUUGACUUAUGGGGAAGCAAUCAGCGAUCGAACAGGUAUAGGGACAAUGUCUGUAUUUGGAAUGCAUUCUUCAUAUUCCCUUAAGAAUGGUACUAUUCCUCUGCUAACAACAAAACGCAUUUUUUGGAAGGGUGUUGUUGAGGAACUGUUGUGGUUUAUUCGAGGAGAUACAAAUGCAAAUAAUUUAUCUGAGAAAGGUGUUAAAAUCUGGAAUGCAAAUGGUUCUAGACAAUUUCUCGACAAACUUGGUUUUACCAAUCGAGCAGAAGGAGAUUUAGGGCCUGUAUAUGGGUUUCAGUGGCGACAUUGUGGUGCAGAAUAUCAGGGAAUGCAUUUUGAUUACAGCAAUCAAGGUAUUGACCAAUUAUCUGAAGUAAUCAACUUGAUCAAAACAGAUCCCUAUAGUCGUCGUAUUAUUCUUAAUUCUUGGAAUCUUAUUAUACUUCACAGAAAACGAGAUUCAGAUUUGAAAUUAAUGGCUUUACCUCCUUGUCAUACUCUUGCUCAGUUCUCAGUACGUCAUGAUGGUCUUUCCUGUCAGUUAUAUCAACGUUCUGGUGACAUGGGUUUGGGAGUGCCUUUUAAUUUGGCGAGCUAUGGACUUUUAACGCAUAUGAUCGCUCAUGUCUGCGGUUUAAAGGCUGCAUAUUUACAUCAUGUUUUGGGAGAUGCUCACAUUUAUCUAAAUCAUGUUCACGCACUGGAAGAACAGCUAAAACGGGAACCGAGACCUUUUCCAACUGUUGAGUUUACGGGUGAUAUAAAGACCAUUGAUGACUUUACUUCUGACUCAAUAAUUCUUAAACAUUACUAUCCAUUGCCAUCUAUUAAAAUGAAAAUGGCGAUAUAA